AUGGACGUAAACGGACUUACAUCGAAUAAGUAUCAAGCGCAAAAUGAGUCUGCUUCUUACGUUAGCUGUACCCUAGCAAGCACUAGCAGUGAGACUGACGACCUCAGUGUUAUGAUGUGUCAAACUGAGUUUUCAAGCGAAAAGUGCGCAACAUUGCAGGAUUUUGAAAAGCUGCUAAUACUGAAACUACUGGCUAGCGAAGGUAGCGAUAUCAUAAUCGCAGAAAAAGUUGACAUAAGUCAACUGAAGUGUUUUGCAGGGGCACCACUCCUCGAAUCGUGGUACGAGCUUGUAGUUUUACUUUCUGGUGAGCAUUUUGAAAGCGUCGAAGUCGACAGAAAAUGGGCGCAGGGAAAACGGUGGAGAUUCUACUUUGUAGCGCCUGCAAGCUGGAAUCUCGUCUUUGAGACACAGUUUGAGAGCUUUACCCAGCGUCACUGCGAAUUGGCGCUCACUCCAGCCCCGGCAGAUCAAGAGCUGGACCUAUUCCAUUUAAGUUUGAAGCUCUUCGAAGCGCAGUGUCACGCUAACACGCAAAUUCAUGCACUUGAAAGUAAGUGUAGGUUACUUGAAACGGAGAUACAGCAAAACCUGACCGAAAAGAAGGAGUGGGAAGACCAACUUCGAGCUAGAGACGAAAAAACGCGAAGUGUUAUUAUAGCACUCUUGAACGAGAAAAAGAGCAUGAUUCACAAUCUCCAGGAACGCUUGGAACUGAAUAAAGGACCACUGGACCUACCAGACCAUGCUCUUAUGAACCAAUUUAUUAAUCAGCCAGUGUCCAGAAUGACCUCACCGCGCAAGAGGUCGCAAGCUCUUGGUUCGGCCGCUUCUUCCCCCAAGAAGAAAGUGAAAAGACAACCUGUCAAGCGGGAGGUAUCCUGGGACGACUUUUCAGACAAGGGAUUUGAAAUCAGAGGCAUAAACCGUGAAAGAACUCCAAACAGCACUUCCAGCACCGAGAGCUCAGAUGUCAAGUCCAAAGCUCGUGACAGCGCCGAGAAGAGUGACUCCAAGACUCAAAACUUAGUAGAACUCUCCACGAAUAAAGAAUCAGGUGUGUUCUAUGCCAAAAACUCCGUCUCUGGUCGCAUACGAAAAGAGACCGACAAGUUGCUACACACACUUAUAUUCCCCGCGCACGCAGAAGAAACCCUUGAGAUGACGGAAGGUAAACUUCCAAAUCUAAACAAUUCUCCAGCUCACGUUGAGUCAGCUGGUUACGAGGCUCAUUCUCCCGUAGAAAGUCCCAAUAAAAGCAGAACUGACUUCUACUCCGGUUCUGAGAGUGAAGAAGAAACUGACGUCGAAACCGAAGUGGAAUAA